AUGAAUUGUGCAGAAGAUUGCUCACUUCCUAAACCGGCAUCAUCUCCUCUUUUGACAAAUUCCGAAUACAGACAAACUCCAAUUCAUAUCAAAGAAGAAGAUGUAGGUUCGAAUUUAUUAAUGGCUAAAAAUGGAUUAGGUCAUAGGAUUAAACAAGAAAUAUUGGAUAAUUCUGUGGACCACACCGAAGUGAGAGACGAAGAUGGAAGUGGUGAUGCUGUACGAGAAGAAGACAUGCUUCUGGAUCAUUUCGAAGAAUCCGAUCCGGACGAAAGAAAUUCUAUUCCGUUUGACGAUUCGGAAAAAUCACGAGAAGUUUAA